AUGACGUGUGAUAUUACAAACACGCCAUGGGCGACCGAUCAGCUUCCUCGAUAUUCGAGGGACCCAGAGACGAGCUCGAUCUUGUCCGAAGCUCCCUCUUAUCACACGUCGAUGGUGCUUCCCCCUCCGCCACCGUUCUCCGUGGCAGUCUCCAGUCGUAACCGGACCGCUUCAACCACAGCAACGGGACUCCCAAGCCUCGACGAGGUGUCUGCCUUCUCCUCCAGGGCGCGGAACCGGGGUGGCAGAAGGGCAUCCGAUUUCGAUGGACAUACAUAUGCUAUCAGUCCCUGGUCAUCCACGCAGACUAGCCAUCAGGCAAAGCACUAUCAUGCAGUCGCGAGGCGCCGAGCUGCAGCGAACGAUUCAUUUUCAAUGGUGGCGUCCGCCAUGUCGACCGUUCUAAAUAGUGCCAAUUCGCAGAAUGCUCCUGGAGCUUCAGCGGCAUCUAACUCCGCAAUGCCACCGGAUACCUCCUCUCCAUCCUCCGCCUCACUCAGCCCCUCGUCAUCUUCGUCUGAUGCAUCAUCGACCAACUUGAUCCCUUCUGAUGAGUCGAGCACCGCAGCAUCUACACCGAGCGCAGAUGACGAGCUAGAGAGCUGGUUGGAAGACCCGGGCUUAGUCGGGCAGGAGGCAGCAGAUCGAGCACGUAAACAGCGCCUGUAUAUCCGUAGCUGUCGCGAGGAACAGGAGAACUGCGCUCUCCGUCAGGAGAACAAGUCCUGGGAUUUCAUGCUUGGCCAGAUGUCGGACUGGCAGGAACGGCAGCGCAGCUGGGCCAAGUUUCGCGACGAAGUUCGUGGGACGCGUCUCCUUGGGCGCCGCCUCGGACUGCGGAAAUGA